AUGGAACAAAACUGUGAUAUCGAAGAAACUACCGAGGAUAUUUAUUUAUUAGCCGAGCAGAAAAUUCAGUUUGGAGAAAACCUAAGGCGAUUUAUUGACCAGCAUGGCAAAAUAGAUGGUUUGCAAAAACUCAGUCGAAAAAUUAAUCAGGAAUUAAAAUUUCUGGGAAAGGUUUACAAAAGCAGGAAUCUCAAGAAAGAACAUUUACAAUGCUCUAACCUGACCCAUUUCUCUGCUCUAGUGGAUACAUUAAAGACAGUGGACAAUUGUCACAGUGUUAACAAAAUAUUCACUUUGUACAAUAGAAAAACUACUGUGGAUAUUAUCUGCGAUAAUGGACUGACCUGGAUGAAGGUGAUAGCAAGAAAUCCUAAAUCGUUAAGUCAAAUUUAUAUGGGGAAUGCUAGCUAUGGCGUUAGGAGUAUUGUUGAUCAAGCCGAGGAAUAUAUCGAGUGUGCUAAAUUGCAUCCAUGCUUAUUCCAGACACCUAAGAUAGUCUUUGUAUUCACCAAUGGAAUUGGUAACAAUUUAGCAACCAAAUUGGAGAAACUUGGCAUAAUUGUGAAAGGAAAUCGCACAAGUGUUCAUGAUAUUAUUGAAGAAAGUGAUUCGGAAGCUAGCGAAGACGAACACUCAAUACCUACAACCCUCAUCAAUAAUUACAAUGAACCACUAGAAUUAUCCACAAAAAAUAUAGAUAAUAUUAAAAAGGUAAAUUUAGAUGUUUCCGCUAUGUUGGCCUAUUGCUGUUCAGUAGCUAAUGGAAGUGCAUUUUUAUAUGAUUUUGAUGUACCUGUUCUUAAACAGCAAGCCGAGUGGGAAAGACAAAGACCUGUCAAGCCAAUUUUGGAUAAUUUUUUUAAAGGUAAACAGUUAUACUGUUGUGAAACAGCCAAGGAAAGUUUUGAAAAUAUAGUAAAUACAGUAGGAGGGCCAACAGAAAAAAAUAGAGCAGAAGAAUUAAUGAAAAGAGUAAUAAUUUUGCCAGACAAUGCUACUUUCAAAGACACCAAAGAGGGUAGCGAAGGAAGUGAAAUUUUCCAUCAAGCGCAAUUUACAAAAGGCAAAAUUUUGGACUUGGGUGGAAAAAUUAGACAAAGAUCCUUAACGGUAUUUAUGUUUGGAGAUCAAAUACAAGCUAUAACUGUCACCAGUAAUGAUGGAUUUGUUAGGGCAGCUAAACAACAGAAUAUAAAUUUUGUUGUGUUUGUCCAUGAAUCAAGAGCCCUGACCGAGCAAAAAGAACUGAUUCAAGCAAAGCCACUUAAUUUAGAAGAAAAUAAGUCAACGAUUUAA